AUGGGUCGCCCAAUACCGGUUGCAAAAGAUCUCCUGGCCAGUCUUCUAACUGACGUUGCUGCUCAACCAAUUCCAACCCAGCCUCGACCAAAGCCGAAGAGAGUGAAAAAGGUUUUGCCAAAGGCCAAAGUAACUCAGAUUGAGUCUGAAGAUACUUUGCCAAUUUCUAAGUUGGCUGAGAGUGACAAUUCUCAGCCUUCUGCUGGAAAGAGGCGAUCUAAGUCUCAACCAUCUGGAUCCCCAAAGUCCAAGAAGCCGAGGUCAUCUUCUGCGACCACCUCAGGGUCAAAGAAGAAUGAUGUCCCUUGGGCUCCAAAAAUUACUCUGGAGGAUAAGCCAGUAUUCGCUUCCGAUAGCGCCGAAGAUAUUAACGUCGGUGUAGCCCUCAGUACUGCUCUGCUCCUCCCCGGCGAUCUUGAACGGAAUGCCAAGAUGAGCGAGGAAAAGUUGGCCGAGGCGAGGAGGGAGAUCUCCAGUCUUAAAAAAUCCAACAAAAUUUUGCAGUCAAAGAUGAAAACUCUGGAGGAGCAGGCCGAGGCUGCCAUUAAGGCUCAGAAUGAUGCUGAAGAGAAGGCGGAUUCUACUGAGGCCCUUCGGAAGGUGCUUGAGGCCGAGAAAAGAGAGGCCGAGGAUAAAACAUCCCAAGCACAAAAAGAGCUUCAAGAAGCUUUGGCCACCAAGGAGGCUAAAAUCAAAGAUGCCGAUGAGAAGGCGUAUGCACAGGGAAUGGCCGAUGUCACGGAGGCCUAUGAGCAGCAAGUGAAGCAGGCAUGCAACAGGGGUUUCUCCCUUGGUUGGAUAUCUCUUCUGAAGAAGCUCAAUGUCCCCGAGGAUUCGCCUUUGAGAAGUGCCGAUGCUAUCCCUCUUCCAUUUCCGCCGCCACCUCCAGCUCCAGUUCAAUCUAACAAUGAUUCUGAGUCUGAGGACGAGGAAGUGGAUGAGGCUUUGGUAAAGAAAUCAAAAGAUGCUGCUGGGGCCAAAUCCCUUCCUCAAAAUGAGCAAAUUGAUGCCGAGAUUGCGGCAGAAAAGGCUGCCGAGGUGUCUACACAGCAGUCCACCCCGCUUUCAGAAGACGUGUGA